UGGUUGAGGGGAUAUAUCUGUAACCUUAUCACAAUUGUCUUGUUGUCGCUUGGUCCUUUAGAUUUCACUUUCCACAUCAUCAACUGAAGAUUUCCUUUGCUUUAAACUGUGUCGUUUUAUUUAGGGUACAAUGGUCUUUUGGCUUUUUGGGUACUGAAAUGUUGACUCAGGGACUAAAUUGCAACAAAUGCAUAGUUUGGGGGAGGUUUUUUGUAAUUCGGGGUUAGUUGCAAUACCCCAGUAGUUGAGAUUUAUUUUUUAUUUUUUUAUUUUAUUUUUAUUUUUUUUAUUUUUUGCAUUUUACCUUAUAUUAUAUUAUACAUUUCUCGAAUGGACAUACGGCUGACAUAACAUUGGCUCUAAAUUUCAAAUAGGGAGCUUGGACAACGGAGUGAAAAACAGAGAAUGAACAGCACAGAACAUGUAUGCGUUUCAUUGCUGAAAGAUUGCAAGACCCUCAAAAGUUUCAAGCAAAUUCACGCCCACGCCUGCAAGACCGGCCUCGACAAUGAUACCUUCGUCGCCGGACAACUCCUCCUCCAUUGCGCCGUUUUGAUCUCCGAUGCUCUCGAUUACGCUCGCCGUCUCUUCCUUCACACUCCAAACCCAGAUGUCUUCAUGUACAACACCCUCAUCCGAGGACUCUCCGACUCCGAUUCCCCUCAAAAUUCCAUCCUCACAUUCACUGAAAUGCUUAGGAAAUCGACUGCUCCUCCUGAUAGCUUCUCUUUCGCAUUCGUUCUCAAGGCAUCUGCGAAUUUCAGGUCUCUGAAAGCUGGGAUUCAACUCCAUUCUCAAGCUUUCGUUCACGGCUUCGAUACCCAUCUCUUUGUUGGGACAACGCUUGUUAGCAUGUAUGCGGAAUGUGGGUGUGCUGCUUUUGCACGGAAGGUUUUCGAGAAUAUGUUUGAACCGAAUGUGGUGGCGUGGAAUGCGAUAGUCACUGCUUAUUUUAGGUCUGGCGAUGUAAAGAACGCCGAGGCAAUGUUUAAUCGAAUGCCAUUUACGAAUUUGACUUCUUGGAAUGUCAUGCUUGCGGGGUACACUAAAGCGGGUGAGCUUGAGCUUGCAAAAGCAUUGUUCUCAAAGAUUCCCGUGAAAGACGACGUUUCUUGGAGUACUAUGAUCGUUGCUUUUGCUCAUAAUGGUUUUUUUGAAGAGGCAUUUGGAUUUUUUAGAGAGUUGCAACGGGUGGGAAUUAGAUCCAAUGAAGUAAGCUUGACUGGGGUUCUUUCUGCAUGUGCCCAUGCCGGGGCAUUUGAGUUUGGGAAAAUCCUACAUGGAUAUAUAGAGAAAUCUGGACUUGUUUGGAUCAGUUCUGUGAAUAACGCGCUCUUGGAUACAUACUCUAAAUGUGGGAAUGUGGGUAUGGCUCGUCUGGUCUUUGAAAGAAUGCCAGGAAAGAAGAGCAUUGUUUCUUGGACUUCAAUGAUGGCUGGGCUGGCACUUCAAGGGCAUGGUAAAGAGGCAAUAAAACUUUUUCAUAAGAUGGAAGAAUCUGGAAUUAGGCCUGAUGGGAUCACCUUCAUUUCGAUUCUAUAUGCUUGCAGUCAUGCUGGAUUAAUUGAAGAGGGAUGUGGAUAUUUUUCUAAGAUGAGGGAAAUGUACAGUAUAGAACCAGCCAUUGAGCAUUAUGGUUGUAUGGUUGAUCUCUAUGGUCGAGCUGGCAGGCUGCAUGAGGCCUAUGAAUUUGUAACUCAAAUGCCGAUAUCACCCAAUGUCAUUAUUUGGCGGACUCUUCUUGGAGCUUGCAGCAUUCAUGGUAAUGUUAAAUUGGCAGAGCGAGUGAAGGAGAGACUUUCUGAGCUUGACCCUAAUAAUUCUGGUGACCAUGUUUUGUUGUCAAAUAUAUAUGCUGUUGCGGGGAAAUGGAAGGAUGUUGCCACUGUGAGAAGAUCAAUGACUAACCAGAGGUUGAAGAAAACUCCUGGUUGGAGCAUGAUUGAAGUUGACAAAGUCAUGUACAGCUUUCUGGCAGGUGUAAAGCACAGUAAGUUUGUAGAAGAGGCUUAUGAGAAGCUAAAGGAGAUAAUGUUGAAGCUUAGGGUUGAAGGAGGUUAUGUUCCAGAGGUUGGGAGUGUUCUGCAUGAUAUAGAAGAGGAAGAAAAGGAAGAUGCGGUGUCUGUGCACAGUGAAAAGCUUGCUGUUGCUUUUGGGAUGGCAAGAUCAUGCAAGGGAAGGGUUAUAAGAGUAGUGAAGAAUUUGAGGGUUUGCAAGGACUGUCAUACUGUAAUGAAACUAAUUUCAAAGGUUUAUAAAUUGGAUAUUGUGGUGAGAGAUAGAAGUCGGUUUCACUCCUUCAAGGGUGGCUCCUGUUCAUGCCAAGACUACUGGUGACUAAUGAACAAUGGAGUAACUGAAAUGGUAUUUCACUCGAUCAUUGGAGAAAACAAUUGAAUCACCAUUACAUGAGGAUGAGUUAGAAAGAUGGAAAUUGGUCAAAUCAAUGAGAGAGACAUCGUAAUCAGUACUGCAGAAGAAACAAAUCAGAAAAAAUGGCAGUUUAUCGGAUUGUUCUGAAUGUCUGAUUUCUCUUACCAACAAUCCAGAUCAAUAUGCACUGGAUGGAUAAGGAAAUGUGAAUCUAUCUUCUUAGAAUGGUCACAAGGAUCAAUGUGAUAUGGAUUCCUUGAUCUAGUUAAGUGGAGGUCCUUGACCAAAUGACACAUAUGGAUGGGUUGGUGCAGAAUUUACUACUUACAUAGUCUUACAUUCUAAUCAAAUGAUUGAUCUAAACAAAUUUUCACAUUCUUUUGAAUUUUAUUUCUGCUUAAGCUAAUGUUCUCCCACAAUUUGGUGUUCAUCAGCUCAAAUGGCUGUAAUCAUUGUAAUUAUUCAGAGAAGGUGCUUGUUUAGAAUCUAAAUUACCAAAUUAACGAUUUUUUGC